AUGUCGGCAACUCCUGUAAAAGAGCAAGAUCUUGCUCAAAUAUCAAAUUUUUUGCAAUCAAAUUGGACAAAAGUAAUUAAUUUAGAUCCAAAUACUGCUACAAAUCAAUCAAACUCUCAGCAGACAACAGCUACAAAACAACCAGUAACAAAUAAGAGAUCGAAAAGCACAAGUAGUGAUUCAUCAGAUGAUGAUGAGGAAACGAAUAAAAAACAAAUAAACUCUUCAUUUAAAGGUCAACCAAUAAAACCUAACCUUUCUGUCACAAAGCAAAACGCCAUAUCACAGCAACAACAACGACAGAUAAAGACUACAGUCAGUACGUCGAGUGAUGAUUCGUCUUCUGAUGAUGCGAAGAAGAAAGCAGCAAAAAAAGUGCCUACACCUCUAGUGAAUAAAACGCCAAUAGGGCAAGCUCAAACUAAACCACAACAAUCGUCAUUGGCAAAAAAACCGAAAUCGAGUUCAGAUGAUUCGUCGAGUGAUGAAGAUGAAAAGAAAAAGAAACAAUCACCUCAAAAAGUGAUACCAGCUACUUCAGCUGCUUCGAAAACUGUGUUACCAACCAAACAGUUGAAGAAAGAAAGUGACGAUUCUUCGAGCGAUGAUUCAGAUGACGAAGCAGCAAAGAAUAAAAACAAGUCACUGAAUAAAUCAGUGGCACCAGCUCGACAGCAGCAAACAAAGCCUGCUGUCAUUGCCAAAAAGUCGGUAUCAAGUAGUAGUAGUGACGAUUCGUCGAGUGAUGAUAAAAAUAAGAAAGUUCAACCUACAACAGUAAAAUUAACUGCUGCAGCUCCCGUUCAAAGAAAACAAAUUCCGACUAGAUCAUCGAUAAAUUUAGGUGGUAAGAAGAGUAGCAGUAGCGAUGACUCGUCAGAAGAGGACACAAAAAGUAAAAAUGCCAAACAACAAAAAACUGCAGAAAUCGCUGGAUAUAAACCACCAGCAACAGCGAUAACUUUGAAGACAAAACCGACACUAACACCACAGUUGAACAAUAAGAAAAAACCCGAAACGAGUGAUAGUAGUGAAGAUUCAACGACCAGCGAAGACGAAAAGAAACAACAACAACCACAGCAAAAGUCGAUUCCAGCCGCUUCAUCUGUGUCAAAAUCAGUUUUGCCAACAAAACAAACGAAAAAGGAUGAUUCAAGCGAUGAUUCGUCAGAUGACGCAACUGUCAAAAAUAAAAAUAAAUUACUCAAUAAAUCAUUGCCGUCAGUUCAGAAACAACAGCAAGAAAAAGCUGUUAAACCUGCUACCAUCAAAACAUCGAAACCAAGCAGUAGCGAGAGUGAUUCAUCCGAUGACGACAAAAAGGCAAAAGCAGUAACGGCAAGUCAAAUGAAUAAACAAACCCCUCUUCAAACAAAACAACUGUUAAACAAAUCAGGAGCAAAACAAAUAAGUAGCAGCAGUGAUAGUUCAUCGUCAGAUGAAGAUAGCAAAGGAAAAAAUAAGGCGCAAAAAACGACGAAUGAUAAAAAACCAGGGGGAAAAACUUUUGCAUCGUCGACUCCUAUCAUAAAACCGUCUGUUAUUCAACAACAACAACAACGACAGAUAAAGACUACAGUCAGUACGUCGAGUGAUGAUUCGUCUUCUGAUGAUGCGAAGAAGAAAGCAGCAAAAAAAGUGCCUACACCUCUAGUGAAUAAAACGCCAAUAGGGCAAGCUCAAACUAAACCACAACAAUCGUCAUUGGCAAAAAAACCGAAAUCGAGUUCAGAUGAUUCGUCGAGUGAUGAAGAUGAAAAGAAAAAGAAACAAUCACCUCAAAAAGUGAUACCAGCUACUUCAGCUGCUUCGAAAACUGUGUUACCAACCAAACAGUUGAAGAAAGAAAGUGACGAUUCUUCGAGCGAUGAUUCAGAUGACGAAGCAGCAAAGAAUAAAAACAAGUCACUGAAUAAAUCAGUGGCACCAGCUCGACAGCAGCAAACAAAGCCUGCUGUCAUUGCCAAAAAGUCGGUAUCAAGUAGUAGUAGUGACGAUUCGUCGAGUGAUGAUAAAAAUAAGAACGUUCAACCUACAACAGCAAAAUCAACUGCAACAGCUCCCGUUCAAAGAAAACAAAUUCCGACUAGAUCAUCGAUUAAUAUAUUUUCAGACUCUGCACUCCAAGCACGUCUAUUACAACGUGGAAUUUUAAAUGCGUCAAAUAUAAAUGGUAUGGUAAGAAUGUUUCCUAUUACACAUGACAGUAAAUUGCGAAUUGUAGGAAAUUUAGAAUCUGAUGUUGGCAACGAUCAUUCUGACGUUCAAGAAGAAGUAAUAGCUGAAAGCUAUGACGAACGUGAAGAACACAAUGCUAAGCAUGAUGAAAGUGUUGAUUCUGGAAUUGCAUUGGAAGAAUGCAUUAACUGCCCGAACAGAAGCAAUCCUUAUCAUGAAUGUGUUGAUUAUUGUAAAAAAAGAUAUGGAUUCAAACGAUACACGCCUGAUCCCGAAACUGAUAGACGACGACGAAAAAUGUUGAAAAGAUAUCCCUUAUCAGAAAACUGGAGAGAAGUUCCUGAUGCUAGCACGGAUAGAUGUUAUUAUUGGAAUACCGAAACAGAUGAAGUUUCUUGGUUACCUCCGGAUCAUCCACGAUCAUUUAUUACAGUAUCAGCGAUUAAAAUAAAACGAAAAGAAUGUGAAACUAAAUCGCUGGAAUCAAGUCGUUCGAAGAAGAAAAUGACAGUUGAGGAUGCAUUUGGUGAUGAGACGGAUUCAGAAGAAGAAGAGAUGAAUUCGGCUUUGAAAUUAAAACGAAAAGUUGCCGGAAAGCUACUUAAUUAUGAUCGUGAUCCAAUGGAUCCAUCAUCAUAUUCUGAUAUACCAACUGGUACAUGGGCUGCUGGUCUUGUUGUUAAAGGAAAAGCAAAAACGGGUGUUGAUGAAACAGCAGCAGGUCCUCUAUUUCAAAUGCGACCCUAUCCAAGUCCAGGCGCUGUUCUUAAGCUAAAUGCUGAAUCUGUAAAACCAACCAAGAAGAAAAAAUUAGUGAAUAAUUGA